UGUGGGCGCGGUUAAUCAGUGUCAUUUCCGCCGGGAGGGGCGGUGCUGCUGUCAUGGAGACGGUUCCGGACCUGCCUGAAUCUAGUGAGGAGUGCGGGACACAUGGCGGGGGAGGUGGUGACCGUCCAGCUCGGGAACUACAGCAACCACGUGGGGGCGCAAUGGUGGAGCCUGCAGGAGGCGGAGUUCUCCCAGAGUCAGGAUUGUGAAAUUAGCAGUGAUGUUCUGUUCCGUCGAGGGGUGACCCUGCAGGGGGAGGAGACUUACACCCCACGACUCAUCGCAGUGGACCUAAAAGGGAGUAUUGGAUCCCUCAGUGAUGAUGGUUCUUUAUAUGAGGACAGAAACAUGAAGCUCAGCGUACCAGCUUGGAGAGGGAAUGUGAGUGUACACAGAGAGGACCUCGGGCCCCCGCAGGGAGCAGCUGGGACCCCAGAACAGAGUCACAAUGGAGGGCCGUUCCAGUCAGCGCCUCCACCCGGCAGCACAGAGAGAUUUCCGGCUGCAGAGAUGACUGGUCGGGUUUGGUCAGACUUUCUACAGACGCCGCUUCAUCCUAAAUCUCUGCACAUUGUGACAAGUCACUGCCAUGGAGGGGACAUGGAUGGACUGGAUUCAUUCAGCCAGGGGGAGGCGCUGUUCAAGACGCAACUCGAUGAGAUUGAAGACAGACUUCACUUCUUCACAGAGGAAUGUGACUACUUGCAGGGCUUUCAGAUCCUCUGUGACCUCCACAAUGGCUUCUCCGGGGUCGCGGUGCGGAUGGCGGAGUUGUUACAUGACGAGUAUCCAGGUCGGGGUAUUCUGAGUUUUGGCGCGUUUCCUGCUCCAUCAGGCGAUAGGGAGCCCUGUAAGGCCAUGUAUGAGCUCAUGAACUGUGUCUUGGCCCUGGGGCCCCUCAGCAGCCUUAGCUCCGCCUUCUGUCCUCUGUCUGUGAUGUCCAGCCUGUCCCGGAGACCGGGGCCCCCCACAGCGUUCCCGCAGCUGCUGUAUGAUGCUGGGGUCCAGUAUCAUAGUAGCGCCAUUUUGGCAGUGGCUCUGAACACGAUGACCGUUCCUUAUCGGAUGACGUCCUCCAAUCUCUCAUUGUUGCACUUUGCGGAGUCGCUGACAUUUGGCGGUAGAAAGAUGCUUUCAGCUGCCUGUUCCGUGCCUUUCCCGCUGGCGUCGGCCAUGUCUUUGCCUGAUUCUUUGCUUCCUCACCUGAGCUGUGGCCCCUGGCGCUCUGUGUCGCCAUGUCCAGGGGCCGGUGCUGCUGUCUUCUCCCAGUCUGUGGUCCUGAGAGGAAUCCCGGAGCGGCAGCAGAUCAGUGAUCAUCCUGCUGGGACGCGACCGCCAUCUUCUUUUCACACGUAUGAAAAUGGAGGCGAUGUACUGCAGCACUACCUGCGUGAUCUGUACCCGUGCUGUACCCUCAGUAUGACCCACCUGGUGGGGGCACCCUGCAUGCUGGGCCCCUCCUUCCCUCAGUUCUUCUCUCGGUAUGUGACUAAAGAUGGAUGUGUUGUGGCAGAACCCCAGACCGCACCAACAGUUGUAGGUCGGAUCCCGGUGCUGAGCGCUCUGCAGACAUCCAGUGCUCUGCAGCAGAUGCUCUGCAGCCUGUGUCACGAGGUCAGUAUGGUGAACGUGCGUCAGUGGCUGAACUUCUCCACCGCGGAUGUGGAGCAGGAAGACUUCCGAGAAGCCGUGGAGGAUGUGCAGAGCCUAGCGCGCUGCUACCGGGCCGGAGAGGGCGACGCCACAGACUGCGACUAAUCCUCCUCCUCCUCAUCUGCCUCCACAUCAGAGACAACAUCCAUCCCCUCCUCCUCAUCGUCCGAGCUGGUGACACAUCCCGUCUGGAAGAGAUGAACGAGCUCCCGAAACCGCUGCGACACCUGAGUAGGGACAACGGGUGACAUUUAUAACCCCUCCCCCCUCUGAUGUGAGGACGGCGAGUGACAUUUAUAACCCCUCCCCCUCUGAUGUGAGGACGGCGGGUGACAUUUAUAACCCCUCCCCCUCGGAUGUGAGGAGGGCGGGUGACAUUUAUAACCCCUCCCCCCUCUGAUGUGAGGACGGCGAGUGACAUUUAUAACCCCUCCCCCCUCUGAUGUGAGGAGGGCGGGUGACAUUUAUAACCCCUCCCCCCUCUGAUGUGAGGACGGCGGGUGACAUUUAUAACCCCUCCCCCCUCUGAUGUGAGGACGGCGGGUGACAUUUAUAACCCCUCCCCCUCGGAUGUGAGGAGGGCGGGUGACAUAACCCCUAUACACCCCCCUGUAUUAUAUGUACAUUACCUACAGAAUAAAGCUUCUUCACCCUCA